AACUAGAUAUGCGAAAAUCAGAAGCGUCAUGCUACACAGCUUUGCGCAUCACCUUAGUUCAUUUCGGGAAGUUACCUCUUAGGUUUUAAGCCAACCACUGCAACAACCAAACGGCAGCUGGCUUGUGUCUAUCUGUUUGAUUUUUGUGUCCACCAUCGGGCACUGUGUAUCAUGUGAUGCCGAGAACUGCUGGAGACGUCUUUUGUGAGUGCAACGUAUGUACAAAGCAAGGGUCAAUUCCAGGGACAUGGGUCCCUCCAACGACUCGAGACUCACACUUGAGGAAUGCCAAAAAUGUAUCAAGGGGCUCGUCUAGGGCUCGUACACGAAUAUUGGCUGCCGCUGGGACAGGAAAACAGCGUAAAAUGUUAACGAAUUUGGAUAUUCAUGCGGGCAGCUCCUCUGCCAGUGAGCCUUCUGCUUCGAGCACCGGCACAGGUCCCAAACCUGGAUACUUCCGUGCUCUGCCACCAGAUAUUGAAAUGUUCGACAACAACGAGUACGGGGAACCUCCUGGAGUUCCACUUCGUCCUCUCGAUGUCCCCAUCAAUGAUAUCGUUGAUGAGGAUAGCGAUCAUAGCGACCUCUUCAUCACCCCUUCGAAUGUUGAUACUCCCGAAGUGCCCCACUUGAUCAGUUUUCAGCCUACAAGCUUGACUGGAGCACCUAUUCCGGCCCCUCAAACUCACGAUGGAAGUGCCCCUAGGCCCCCUCCUGUACAGUUUUCGACGGCUACUUCUUCAAGUGUUCAUUUAUAUGACAUGUCCACCGAAGCUAGUCACGAUGCUGUGUCUCAACCCAACGAGAGAUAUAUGAGCCUCUCUGAUUCUUGGAUCAUCCGCGUCCUUCUUCUUCUUGUUUGUUUUCUCAAUCUUCACCACCACGUUGGAGUCCGUGCAUGCAACCUGCUGCUAUGGGUCUUUCGGAAGAUUCUGAUUGAACUCCGUAUCAUCAAAUGCUUUGAUGAUUUCCCGGUAACUCUCAAAACAGUUCUGAACCGAUUGCGCAUGUCUCUUCCCGCUAAAAUCUUUGUACUUUGUGAGAGAUGUUGGCAACUGUUCCCUCAUGGUGAAAAUGUUCGCCACUGUCCACACUGCGAAAUUCCGCUUUAUCGGAGUUCUUUUGUGGACGCGUUCCAGGGGUUGAUAUGGGGGAAAGGGCAGAAGGUAGCAAAACCGAAGGUUGUUAUGCCUGUGGCACCCCUCUCAGCACUCCUCGCAGGGUUUCUAUCACGAAGCGACAUAGAAGCUGAGGUCGAACAGUGGGGGUCUACUCAUCGAAAUAUGGGUGCAUAUACGAGUAUCAUGGAUGGCAGAGUUUGGAAAGAGAUGAAGGACAAGGAUGGGAAGGAGUUUUUCCGUAUCAACAAGGAUACAGGUGAGCUUCGUUUAGGAGUGACAUUAAGUCUAGAUUGGUUUUCAUGCCGUCGUAGUGUCUUUGCACCGACUCAUUCAAGUGGUGUUUUAUCAUUUUGUUGUGCAAAUCUCCCCCCGGAACUUCGGUGUGCAUGCGAGUCGGAUAAAUUUGUUUGAUUGACUCAUGAUUUCUUGAAAUUCUAGCUAUCGUACGAGUAAUCUCCUACAUGCCGGAAUGACACCUGGACCACAAGAGCCUUCAACGGAACAACUACAACAUCUCAUGGCUUUGGUUGUUGACGAUCUUAUAGCUUUAUAUGAAACAGGGCUUUUUGUCAGGAG